UUUCAUUAAAUCUCUAACCUCCAAAUCAAUUUCUUCUUCUUCUUUCUCACAUAGAGGUGUCUAUUGACUAAUCUUAAUUGGUUCUUUGUGUACAAAAUGAAGGGUGUUGUUAGAUUUGAGACUUCACCAAUACUCUCCAAACGUGAAGUGAAUUGGAGUGAACGUUUUUCAAGUGUUGAUACUAAUGAAAGUGUUGUUGCUCCUACAUGCAAAUGUGGAAAAAAGUGCAUUUUAUACAUCUCAAAGACGUCUAAGAACCCUAAUACACCCAUCUUUAGGUGUCCCUAUUUUAAGCAACACAAUAGGCCACAUUGCAACUACUUCAUGCAGAAGGAUAAAUUUAUUGAGUCACAAACCACAAUGAUUGGGAUGCAGUCAAAAGCCACAAUAGUUGAGUUGCUUGAAGCUAGGAUUAAUGAAAUGGAGAAAGAUGUGAAAAUUAUGAAAUUUAAGAUAGAGAAUGAUAUCGAAGCUAAAAUCAUCCAAUUGGAGAGAGAUAUAGAAGUCAAAAUUAAUCAAUUUGAGAGGGAUAUAGAAAUGGCUAAAACACAAAUAAUUCAAAUGCAAGUGAGAAUGGAAGAAGGAAAAAAUUGGAAAAGAUGUGUAAAAGCAGUAGGGGUUGUGAUUGUGAUUUGGUUAUAUCCUUUUGUGUUUGGGAGUAGAAAAAGAUUAUGCAAGUAAUCUCUGAAGUUAAAUUUAGGUGUAUUUAUUUUGGUGUGAUGUUGUAUUUUGAGUUUGUAAUAAAUUGUGUUAAUUUUAUUCUUAAAAUCUAGCCCAAUGGGAAAUACUAAUAUGGUAAGGUUGAAUAUUUUAUUUAUGUUCGAAUCUAAAUUGUUGCAAUUAAGUAUGCGUUUUAGGAA